GUUUCCUUUCGGCAUGAAACGCUGCGUUUCAGUUCCAAAAUUUCCAGGCAAAAUUUUCUCGGGAAAAUGGCAUCGGAGAAAAUUCUUCACCGGAGACGAGAACAGGAGCGGCAAUCGUACCGACAUUGUUGCCACCAAUAUCGCCAUUACAGAACGUGUGAAACUAGGGCGUUUAGAUGUUGCCCGCAACUUGUUCGACGAAAUGUCUCAACGAACGGCUGUUUCGUGGAACGCGAUGCUUUCUGGUUAUUCUAGAUGGGGCCAAUACGAAGAAGCUUUGGAUUUGGUUCGUAUGAUGCAUCUUGAUGGCGUUAGAUUUACAGAUACAACUUUCUCUUGCACUCUGAGCUUGUGUGCGAAUUCGCGGUCAUCUCAUUUUGGGAAACAGGUUCAUGGCCUCGUCUUGAAAUCUGGGUCAGAAAGUUUUGGUUUUGUGGGGAGUUCUCUGCUUUAUUUCUAUGCUAACUGUUUCAGAAUCGCGGAUGCUGAGCGGGUUUUCGAUGAACUGUACCAGAAGAACGAGCUAUUGUGGGAUGUGAUGCUUGUGGGAUACGUAAAAUGGUACCUGAAGAACGAAAGGGAUUCUGGGAGGGCUUUGCAUUUGUUCAGGAAGAUGAGAGAAACUGGAGAAGUGCAUCCUAAUGAAUUCAGUUUUGAUUCUGUCAUACGAGCUUGUGGGAGGCUUGGAAAUCUGCAAGAAGGUAGAAUUGUUCAUGCACUUUUGUUAAAAUACGGGUUUGAAUCCGAUGAUAUGGUUGGUGCUGCACUGAUAGAGUUUUACUGUGAAUGUGAAGCAAUUGACGGUGCCAAAUGUGUUUAUCGAUUCAUGGAUAACCCGUCCUUGAAGGCAUCAAAUUCGCUUCUUCAUAGUCUCAUAACAAAAGAAUUGUUUGGUGAUGCGGAGAAGAUUUUCGAUAGUCUUCAUGAUGUGAAUGCCGUGACAUGCAACUUGAUGAUUAAAGGGUAUGCCUUACAAGGCCGCACAGACGAUUCAAUUAAGUUGUUUGAGAAAAUGCCUUGCAAGUCGAUAAUUUCUUCAAAUACCAUGAUUUCUAUCUACUUCAGGAACAAUGAAAUUGAUAAGGCCAUAAAGCUUUUCAAAGAAACAAUGGAAGAAAGAAAUUCAGCUACUUGGAAUGCUGUUAUAUCUGGUUAUACACAAAACAAGAAGUAUGAUGAGGCUUUAGAAGUUUUCGUGGAAAUGCUUAAGCGUUCGGUUGAACGGACAAGAUCCACAUUCUCUGUGUUAUUACAUUCAUGUUCUUGCCUUAGUUGUCUUCUACAAGGACAGGUGAUUCACGGGCACAUAGCUAAGACCCCGUUGGAAUCAAAUGUCUAUGUCGGGACCUCCUUGAUAGAUAUGUACUCCAAAUGCGGGAGUAUAACCGAUGCUCGUAAGUCAUUCACGGCCAUCAGUUCCGCUAAUGUAGCUGCUUGGACUGCUCUCAUUAAUGGUUAUUCACAGCAUGGUAUCCACUCCAGAGCAAUCUCACUCUUCAACAGUAUGUUAGAACAAAGGAUUCAGCCUAACUCAGCCACAUUAACUGCUGUCUUGUCCAGUUGUGUCCAUUCUGGUCUUGUCCAUGAAGGGUUAAGACUCUUUCUCUCAAUGGAAGAAACUUACAGAGUAAAACCAUCGGUGGAACACUACGCCUGUGUGGUAAAUCUCCUCGGCCGGGCAGGUCUUUUGAAAGAAGCUGCAGACUUUGUAGAGCAAAUGCCCAUCGAACCAGACGAAGUUAUCUAUGGAGCUUUGAUAAAUGCUUGCUGGCUGUGGCAGCACACAAGAACAGCUAAAAGGGUAGCUGAAAAGAUUCUGAAUUUAGAACCCAAAACUGCUUCUGCAAAUGUUGUACUCUCGAACAUGUCCGCAGAUUCAAGUAAUUGGGAAGAGAAGAUGAACAUGAGGAAGAGAUUGGUCUGUUCGGACAUGAAGAAGGAUCCUGGACUUAGUUGGAUCGAGCUAAACGGAAAAGUCCACGUCUUUUCUGCAGGUGAUAGCCAUCAUUUGCAUUCUGAUUUGAUAUAUAGAACCAUAGAUCAUCUUACAGCCAAUUUUGAAACUUUUCUCAAUAGAGCCGAAUCCGGUUAUGCCCUUGUAACAUAUCCUGUUUAUAGGCUACAUUCCGGUUCAGAUUUGGUUUAACCAACCGAUUCAAACCAAA